AUGGAUGAUUACGACCCUCCAGACUAUGUGACGGAAACUGGUCACGGCGUAGAGUCUGAGGCAGCUUUUUACGAGUUUCUCCAAGACCUGGCUCUAGGCCGCGAGGAAACGCGACCUUGGGACGACGCCUACGCCCGAGCGCAUGUUGCUGCCUACGAAGCGUGCAUGCCGCCAUAUUCUGCAGGCCAGCAGUUUGACCCGGAGGUGGUGGGGCUCGCUGCUGCAUGGAAUGCUUUGGCGGGUCGCGAUGAACCCCCUUGGCGACGUGUGGCCGUGAAUCGCGACACACUUCUGAGUCUGGUCGCACGCGAGGCCUACGUGCUCUCCGUGACCCAUGGACGCGACAGCGACGAGGAGGACCCCAUCCAAGAGUCACUCAGAGUGGCCGCAGCCUCGACACACUCGUUCCUGCUGUGGCACCGGAGCAUACGAAAACCUGACAUCACCCGGCAUGCGUUACCGAUGACAGGCAGCCGACAGGGUUUCGAGUUGAGACUUAGGAUGGCGGUCAAUAUUGAAGAGUACAUGAUGAGCGUCGUGCAUAGCAUUGAGAAUGAACCUCGGACCGAGGCGAUGGUGCCCGCUUGGAAACACUGUUACUCCGCGCUGGUCAGGCAAGCUACCUGGUGUCGGGACCACCCCGACGAAUAUCUGUCACCGGAAGCGAUAGGCAAACUCAACGUAUGGCAUGCGCUCGUUAGCGACAUAGCUCCGUUGUGGCAGGUACUCGACGAUCUCAAUCCCGAAGGGCUCUCCUGGACUUACGAGAGGACCCUCUCGACAAUCAUCGCUGAUAUAGGCCGCGAGGCGACCAAUGACUUUGCCCUGUGCAGCCACGACGGACCCGAUGCCCCACAGCGCCUGCAGACGAUGCUGAGCACGGUGGUGCUGGGAGUAUACUCCUAUCUUCAGUGGGCGAGCAAGGUCCGACCCACCCAGACGACGGAGUGA